AUGCGUCCGUUUGCAACCGCCGCAUCCGCGGCUGUAACGCUGCUUGGAGUAACGCUGCUAUCUCAAGUUGUGCUAGUAAGCGCGAACGAUGUCGACACUAUCUACAACCGACAGUUCAACUAUAUCAUCAGUACCACCGACUUGAGCCAGACUAAUAUUGGCGGAUACAUCAGCUCACUUCAACCGAAUGGGACGUGGGCAGAUGUGAACUAUGCCUCCGGAUGUACCGCUCGACGCGCAAGUUGGCCUGCUGGAGAUCACUGGACACGGAUCGUGGAAAUGGCAACGGCGUACAGCGGCAAGAUUCCCGAGUACAAAGGCGAUCCCUCACUUCGGUCUGCCAUCCGCUUGGCUAUGGAAUUCUGGUUCGCUAACGAGAUGAGUACGAUCGGAGAUGGUACUUGCAUGGACCGCGAAUUUUUCCCUACCAGCAAUUGCCCAUGUGGUACUCCCGGGCUUUGGGGUCCGAAUUGGUUUAGUAACGUUCUCCAGGUCCCGACACGCGCUGGAAAAGCUUGCGCGCUCCUUCGAUCCGAUCUUACGGAAUCUGAGCUCGGCAAUUGCACUCAUAUUACCGCCCGUGCUUACUCACCAUUUUAUCGUGAAUUGCGGCCGAGAUACCUCGGUGGUGCGAAUGUCAUGGACAUAGCCGUAGUCGGAGUUUUGGCAGGUUUGCUGGAGAAUAACCGAACCGGAAAUGCUACAAGAAUUGCCGAUGCCUAUCUUCGAGUGCACGGAGAAGCGGUUGUUCGACCUGGAAAUGGCAUUGAUGGCAUCAAACCCGAUGGCUCAUUUCAUCAGCAGCAAGGGAUCAUAUACGACGGCAAUUACGGAAAAGAUUUCUCUAACUCGCUGAUUGAACUCGAACUUCAGUCUCUUGGGACCCAAUUUCAAGCGAACCGGACAGUCCAAGACACGUUCGGGUUCCACUUGGCUGGCUCUAGAUGGAUGACGUUCACCAACAUUGUGAAAAAGGUCGUCCAUUGGGAUUAUACUGUCAUAGGCCGAUUUAUCUCAUACCCUGUCGCUGACAUACUUCGAGCCUCGGCGAACAUACAAAUGAAUCUCACAGAGAUUGAAGAGCUCGGGGUGGCCUGGGAUCAGGCAGAUCUUAUUGAUUUUGCCUCAAGUCUCAGUGGAACAGACGAUUCCUCCGCCAAUUCGGGCGGACUGGUCGGGAACCGGAUGUUUUGGAACUCUGACUAUAUGGCAAGUGGCCAGUUUAUCUGUGCGGAGACCCGGUCUGAUGAAACUUGCCGGGCCUUCAGCUUUACUUCACAGUGCACCAACGCCGAAAAUCCGUUCGGCUUCCAUUUGUCUGAUGGCGUAAUUUAUUCUCUUUCUACCGGGGCCGAAUAUGAGGACAUGUUUGGCGCGCUUGACUGGAAUCUCGCUCCCGGUAUCACCACCGACUACGGUUCUACUCCGCUCCAAUGUGCUACGGUUAGACAGGCUGGAGUCGACUCAUAUGCUGGAGGAGUCCAAGCCGGAGAUGUAGGCAUGGCAGCUAUGCGCUACGUGAACCCGAUUUCCAAAACAUUCACUUUCAACAAGGCUUGGUUCUUCUUCCCCGAGAAUGUCCAGCACGUACUUGUUUCGAAAGUCAAUCAAUCCAGCCCGAAUUCGACCGCUCCUGUCUUUUCUGUCCUCGACCAACGACUACGCUCUGGUGAUGUAUACGUUGAUGGUGCUUUGACGUCUUCCGGUGGGAACUUCACUUCCGUCAAGUCCCUUUGGCACGGAGGAACUGGCUAUACCUUCCCCAAGAGUGGCAACCGCCCGUCUCGAGUCUCGGUCAGCCUUCAGACGAGGAGGAACGAUUGGAGCCAGCUAGGAACAAGUCUUCAACCUGCAUCCACGGUCGAUAUGUUUGCAGCCUGGCUCGUCCACGAAAAGCUAAGGUUAAACCCCACACCCGACGCACCCAACACCGGGCCAGGCGGCUAUUCCCCUAUGCAGUAUUCCAUCUUCCCGGCCACCUCCAGCAGCUCGGAUUUCGAAGACAAAGCGCGCAGACUCCAGCCUCGGACUAUCAUCAACUCUGACACGGUCAGCGCGGCACUUAGCGCAUGCAAGAAAGUUCUGGGUGCUGCUUUUUGGGCAUCUGCCGGUGGUUUUGUCGAGGUCAAGGAUCUGGGAAUCAAGGUUGAAGUGGAUCAGAGUGUCAUGUUCAUACUACGGUUCGAGGACGGGCCUCAUUCAAAGGGUAGUAUAAGCGUCGCCGAUCCUACCCAAACCCUCAGUAAAGUAAACAUCAAAGUUACUCGGACCGGGGCCAGAAGGCGUCAUUCUCAUCGAAGCUGGGAAGGGUGUAUUGGCCACCACUGUUCGCACGUACGGCGCUCGGCGGGAUCCGGCAGUAGUGAGUGGGCGGUGAGCGUUGACCUGCCUGUGGAAGGAAUGUCAGGUUCUACUGUGACCAUAGACAUUCCGGAACAUGCUUGA